CUUGUCCUCCCCACUCAGCUCACUGCCCCAUCCUGCCCCUCAUUCAGCCAUGCCUGAGAAUGGGCUCGACUCUGCGUCCAGUCUGGCGGCUGCCGGAAUGCUCUUUGGCCCUCUUUCGGACUCAAUUCGGAAGCUGAGUGAGGGCUGAUAGCCGUCCGGCCUCUCCUUCAGGGACUCCACCCCAUCCCCCACUCCACUGCCAAUGCAGCAGCCCCCCCCCCCCUGCCGCCGCAAAGGCACGGGUUUUAGGCUUUCUUGGCUUGGGAAUUGGAGAAUGGACGGUGUGGCUGGACCUUCAAACUGACACAGCGCUGCUGUUCCUGUUCUUCUUGCCAAGCGCAAUCAAGACACCAGCCGCCCGCCCUGCUUUCUGGCUGACCAUUCCUGCUGAAGCCUUUGCAGAGACGCCACACCAGGUAGAACCCAGGAACGCCGGCUUCGGCAUGUGGGCACAACUGUCUGCCGUUUUGGCCCUCCUUUGCCUGCUGCAGGUGCAGGCCGAGCUGCCCGUUCAGGCUGACUUCCAGCAAGAGCAGUUCACAGGCACCUGGUACAGCAUCGGCCUGGCCUCCAACUCCCGCUGGUUCAAAGAGAAAAGGCAGGUCAUCAAGAUGUGCACUACGGUGGUCUCGCCCACGGAAGACGGGAAUCUGGACAUUGCCUCCACCUACCCCAAGCUUGACCAGUGCGAGACCAAGAGGACCGUUUUCCUCCGGACGGAGGAGCCAGGCCGCUUCACUUACACCAGCCCUUGUACGUGGGAGCCCCUCUCCCACCCCCCUGAAGACCCCCUGCCCUCUGCCUGCUCCGCCUCUCCAAGGGAGCUGAUCGAACAGUCUGGUUUGCCAGCAGGAUGA